CACCACGCCAGCCCUUCUGCUCCUGACGCCUCGGUGAUGAACCUGAUCUCCGCCCUGGAGUCCCGAGGUCCCCAGCCGCCCUCCGCCUCCUCCCUCCUCUCUCAGUUCCGCACGCCAUCCUGGCAGACAGCGAUGCACACGCCUGCCCCCCCUGAACUGUUCAUCUCCGGAGCCCUUCCCGGCUCUGGGUCCUUCCCCUCCUCUUCAGCGCUGUCGGCCUAUCAACAUCCGGCGUCCUUCUCCAGUCGCUCCUUCCCCGCGGCCUCCCUCUCCCUCCAGGACACGCCCACAUUCAGCCCCACCUCCAACGGGCUGCUCUCCCCCCACGACCCCCUGAUACACAUCAAAGCGCCGUCCCAGUCCAGCCUGGGCUUCGACAGACUCCUGUCCUCGCAGGGCGCCGCCGCCCCGCCUUACAGGGGCAGCCAGGACCCCACGGGCGCCACGUCGGCCCAGGCGUCGUCCGCCCGGCACCUGCAGUCGCACCAGUUCAACCUGUUGUCGUCUCAGCUCCAGGAUCAGUCCUCGCAGCUGUACAACCCGUCGGUGUUCUCCUCGGCCCAGCCGCAGCCCCAGUCCCAGUCGCAGUCCAACGCGGCCCAGGAGCGCGCCAUGCCGCGGCAGGACAGCGUCAUCAAGCACUACCAGCGGCCCACGCCCGCCCAGUCGCAGCUCUCGUCCUCGGCCGCUCACUCGCUCCAGCACUACCUGAGCUGCGGCGGGGCGGGCUACCAGCAGAUCGCCACCCACCACAGGCACGCCGGCCUUCCCUGCAGCCCGCUGGGCGACCAGAGCCCCUCCUCGGACCACAAGCCCGCCUCUCGCACCGAACAGUAUCGACCCAUCAUCCAGCCUCCCUACUCCUCAUCUUCCUCCUCGUCUUCUUCCUCGGCCGGAAAGGGCACGAAAAGCAGUUCCAGCAGCGGCUAUUCUUCGGGCAGCUCUGCGUCGUCGUCGCGAACUCCUCACACGCCCCCCUCGGCCUCCUCCACCUCCUCUUCCUCGUCGUCGUCUUCCGCGACGUCGGGCGCUCACCCUUCAAACUCCAUCCCCACCUCCAGCUCCAGCGCGGCGCCGUCUCGGCAGCAGCCGCCCCCACAGCCUGCCCCGCCGCCCCCAACCCAGCAGCAGCAGCCCCCCUCCACCUCCACCUCGGCUCCCCAGUCUCUCCCCAAGUCCUGCCUUUCUGGCUACGGGUCCCCCGUGCCCCCGGUGAAGACCCCCACCUCCGCUCUCACUGGCCAGACGCCGCCUCAGCAACAGACUCAGUCGUACUCCCCUAACCAGCCCCCUACGUCCCACCUGGGGCCGUCCUACGGAGGCUUUAACUCGCCACAAGCCCAGGACCUGAGCUCUGGGACGGGCGGCAAAGGCUACGGCAGCUUAGGCGGGCGGAGCCAUUCGUAUUCCACCGACCUGUACGGAGCGGAUUCCGCCUACGGGUCCCUGCCCUCCUCUCUGGGCGGAGCCGGCAGCCCGUCGCUCGGCUACGGCGCCCCCGGUCACUCCCCUGCCCUCCUAAGGUCCAGCGGCUCAUCGGGCAGCGGAGCGUCUGGCGGAGGGAGCAGCAGCGGCGGCGGGAGCGGGACCUCCGGGUCAGGAGGAGCGACGGGAGGCAGCAUGAGCAGCGAGAGAGGCGGGGGAGGCAGCGGUGGCGGUUCCUAUCAUAUCCCAGACUCCAGCCCCUCUCCGUCGGGCAACUCUGGCAUCAUCCGGCCGGGACUGCACUCCCCAGUGCCCACCUGUCCCACGCAGUCUCCGGGCGGCGCUGGCUCCAAUAAGUACAUCCCCUCCGUCCUCUCGCCCACGUUCCUGGCGUCCCCCCAGGCGUACCCCGACACCAGGGGCCCCGCCUCCCAGCCGCAGCCGUAUCACUCCGGCUCCUCCAAAGCCAAGCCCGACGGCUCCAUGAUGGGCGUGGGCUCCCAGCGGUCCCAGGAGGAAGUGGACGACGACGACGAGUUCUUGAUUCAGCACCUGCUGCAGGCCCAAGCGAGCCCCGCCCCCCAGGCGGCCCACCACCACGCUCAGCAGCCGCCCCAGCAGCCGCCGCAGCAGAGCCAGCCGCCGCCGCAGUCGGUGCCGCCGACCAGCGACUCGGGCAAAGGGAUGAGUUACGACAUGGGCAAGACGCCCGAGGAGCGGUACCACCCACAGAGCGUCAUCCGUACGCACAGCGCCACGUCCGCCGCCGGCGUUGGAAACGCGGGUUCUGGAGGGUCAAUCUCCGGGCUGGACAGCCAGCUGGAGAUGUCGCUGAAGAAGCAGCAGCAUCACCACCACCAGACGCAGCAGCAAAGGGGCGACAGAUCUGUUGGCAGCAGCAGGAACGGCAACGGGCGAGGCAGCGGCGAGCAAGUGCACUCGCACCUGCACCACCACGACGGCCUCGGCUCCGUCGUUCACUACGGCCGGGGCGACCCGUACACCCAGCACUCGCUCGCCGCGCAGCACGGCCAGCACGUGUCGUCGCAUCCUCAGAUGCCCCCGCACCAGAUGGAGCUCCAGAAGAAGCCGCAGGACCGCGGCGACAUCCCGUAUCCCCGCAAAACGCCGGAGCUGCAGCAGCAGCAGCAGCAGCAGUCCCAGGCCGCCGUGUCCCUCAUGGACUCGCCCACCGACCAGUCCCGCCAGCCGCCCCACCUGCUGCAGUCGGUGCUGUCGCACACCACCCGCAACAAGCUGGAGCCCCACCAACCGCACCACAAGAUGGACUCCCACCGCCAACACCAACAGCACCAGAAGAUGGAGUCCCAUCAGCACCCGCAGCACCACAAACUCGACUCUCAUGCGCAGCACCAACAGCACCAUAAGAUGGACUCCCACAGCCAGCAGCAGCAGCAGCAGCACUCCAUCAGCCAGCAGCAGGCUGUGAUGGAGGGCGGCGGCGGGCGACUCGGCUCCGGCAAGCACCAGACCCAGACCCAGACCACCCAGCUGCAGCUGCAGCUGCAGUCCCAGGCGCUGGAGGUGGCGGCGGCCCACUACAACCACGGCCCCCACCAGCACGACCAGGGCCAGGUCAAACAGAGCUCGGUGGUCUCCUCCCUGGACAUGCUGGAGCGCUCCCUCUCUCAGAGCUCCGGCGCAGACGAGGACCGGCGCGGCGGACCGGGGAGCGCGGGGAGGAGCGGCGGCGGCGGCGGCGCAGGGGGCGGCGGCGGCGAGCGUCACCGGCAGCAGCAGGAGCCGCAGAGGCAGCACGCCCCCCACCAUCAGCCGCAGCAAGCCCACCACUCGGCCCCCGAGCUCCACUCCUUCCUGACGGAGCCCGACAUCGGCCUGUCCACGCCGUCUCACAUGCACCACCUCUCGCAGCAUCACGCCCAGCAGCAGCAGCAGCAGCAGCAGCAGCACCACCUCCCCCCCCACCACAUCCCCGCGCCCCCCGCCCAGGCUCAGCCCGACCCGCAGCAGAGCCAGCUGGACCAGCAGCGCUCCGAGCAGCACCAGUUCGACACCGUCAGUCCGGUGGAGAAGGCGGACCAGAACCAGCAGGGCAACCGCUUCGUGCCCCUGACCUCCAUCUGCUUCCCGGACUCCCUCCUCCAGGACGAGGACCGCUCCUUCUUCCCGGUGAUGGAGGACAUGUUCUGCACGGAGGACUACAAGUCCAGCUGCGCCGGCGGCGCCGGUCCGGGGCAGGAGGAGAUGAACGAGAGCCACCCGGGCCAGGAGGGCAUGGACUCCAUGAAGGGCGGGCAGAGCGCGGGGGGAGCUGCGGGGAGCGGCGGCCCGGGCUACAACAUGAUGGGCCACCAUGGCGGGGACCAGGCGUAUGAGCAGUACUGCCACGGCCUGGAGGAACCCAGCAACAACACCAUGACUCUGGACCUGGACUCUCUAAAGACCCACGAGCUCCCCUCCACGGUCAACACCGAGCAGCUGGGUCUGAUCCAGUCCCAGGCGCCGGCCAUGGGCAUGGGCUCCAACGCGGCCGGACCCAACAACACCGGCGCUAAGAUGUCCUCCGGUCCUGGAGGAGCCGGCUCAGGAGGCGGGUCCGGAGGCCUCCAGUCUCCCAUCUUCUGCUCGUCCCGUCCCAAGAAACUCCUCAAGUCCAGCUCGUUCCACCUGCUGAAGGAGCGCCGGGACCCCAACACACUACCGAAGAAGAGUUACGCCCAGGAAUACGAGUUUGAGGACGACGAAGAUAAAGCCGACCAGCCGGCGGACAUCCGGCUGAACAGCCGCAGGCUGCCCGACCUCCUGCCCGAUCUGGUGUCCAGCUGCAGGAAGGGAGGAGGAGGAGGAUCGCUGAGCCCUUUGAUGGGCGACAUCGACUUUUACCACUCCUCUGGCUACUCCUCCAUGGGUUCCCACUCCAUCCUUCCUCCGGACGGGCCCAAGAAGAGGGGCCGCAAGCCCACCCGGCCCAAAAGAGAGGGCCCCCCGAGGCCGAGAGGCAGGCCACGCAUCCGCCCCAUGCCGGAGCCCUACACGCCCCGCGGCAUGAUGGGGGAAAUGGGCGGAUCCACAGUCGGAGGGGGAUUCAGCGUGGAGGGCCGAGGCAGGGGCAGAGGGCGCGGAAGCCGAGGCAGAGGAGGAGGAAGGAGGGAGGAUAUGUACAUGGAGAUGAGCGGGAAGGAGCAGGACCAGAUGCACUCGCAUCACCUGCAGCAGCAGCAGCAGCUCCACCACCAGCAGCAGCAGCAGCAGCAGCAGCAGCAGCAGCAUGAGCCCAUCCCGCCUCUGAAGAUCAAGUUGCCAGUUGGGACCCUGUCCUCCUCUGACGCCUUGCUGAGGACAGACUCGCUGUCUGGCACCGACCCGGCUUUGUCAGACGGCUCGGUUGGCUCGGCUCCCUCGCUGGGUUUGAGUCCUGGCCCCCCCUGCAGCACGGAGAGCACCAGGAGCCAGGACAAGAACAAGCAGAAAAGCCAGAUGAUGAGCGAAGGCGUGGAUGAAGAGGGACUGGAUGAGAGGGGAGAUGAGAAGGACUCGGAGUCCAAAGCGGGCUUCGUGGCCUCCUUCCUGGACUUCCUAAAGACGGGGAAGAGGCCGCCGGGGUUGGACAUCUCGCCAGGAAUGGAGCACGACAACGGCGAGACGUCGCCCUGUAAAGCAGGGGGUCUGCGCCCCCUGUCUCCGGCGCCGCCUCCCCCGCCGCCGCCGCCUCCCUUCGGGGACGGUGAGGGCAACGGCGGACUGGCGCUUGGCAACUGCCCCAGCCCCAAGCGCCUGGAGGAUGAGCUAAAGCGAAACCUGGAGACGUUGCCGUCGUUCUCGUCCGACGAGGAGGAUUCGGUGGGGAAGAACCAGGACCUCCAGAAGAGCAUCUCCUCGGCCAUUUCGGCUCUGUACGACACGCCUCAGCUGACGUCGAACCUCCAGGCCCCUCUGCCUCCUCCGCCUCCUCAGCCCCAGACUCAGCCCAUUCAGGCCUCGCUCUCGCCCGCCAUGCAGCCGCCCACGCUGAGUCCACAGCCCGCCGUGCAGAGCGCACACUCCCAGGCCGAGUCUGACGAACCGGACGUCCUUGCCCCAGAAGACGGGGACAUGGAGGAGGCCAAGGAGGAGGAGAACGAGGAGGAGAGGAGUACGGGAGGGGAGGAGGAGCCGGAUAUAACGGAGGAGAUGGAGCCCCAGCUGGAAACCCUGGGAGCGCCUAAACUUGAUGCUCCUCUUCCUGAGAUUCCACCCGAGCCAACAACUCCUGAGCAACCGUCUGUCCCCCAUUCCCCCGCUUCCUCCUCUUCUCCCUCUCACUCCCCCCUUCCUCCCCUCUCUCUCCCCUCGCCGCAACCUCCACAAGAGGAGCAACAGGAGGACUCCCAGCCUCCGAGCCCCGACGCGCCCAGAUCCCCGUCUCCACCUCCACCUCCUGCACCAGCCACUCUUCCUCAGCCCACCACCACGCCGCCUCCAGCCUCUCCUCCUCCUCCUCCUCCUCCUCUUCCUCCUCCUCCAUCCUCAGCCCAAAAGGAGUCCCCCAUGCCGUCUCCAGAGUCGCCUCCCUCUCCCGAAGAGCCUCCAGCUCCUAAGAUCACCUCGCUGCACCUCGCCCAGAAGCAGGAAGACGCGGCCAUUGUCGGAGAAAGCGAGGAGGACGAGAGCGAAAGCGGAGGCGAGGGCAUUUUCAGAGAAAGGGACGAGUUUGUGGUGCGUGUGGAGGACAUUCGGACUCUCAAGCUGGCUCUGCAGACAGGCCGCGAGCCUCCGCCCAUCUGGAGGGUGCAGAAGGCCCUGCUGCAGAAGUUCAGCCCGGAGAUCAAAGAUGGGCAGAGGCAGUUCUGCGCCACGAGCAAUUAUCUUGGCUACUUCGGAGAUGCUAAAAGGCGGUACCAGCGGAUAUAUGUGAAGUUUCUGGAGAACGUCAACAAAAAGGACUACGUGAGGGUUUGCUCCCGGAGACCUUGGCGCCGAUCUGCUCCUGGGCUCAGGCGACAGUCCCUUCCUAGAAUGGCGUCACCACCUGCCACCCAGGCACCACCGCCACCACCACCUCCACCCCCUCCACCGAGGGUAGCAGAGAAAGAUGAACGUGUGACUCCACCAGUCCACCGAGAACAAAAAGAGAAGACGUCAAAAACGGCAACAAAUGCAGAACACCAAGAGAAGAAGGAGGUUGCAGCUGCUGCGCCCAAAGCCAAGGAGAAGGAGUCUGAGAAAGAGAGAGACCGGGUGAAGCGGGAACAGAUGCAGCAGGAAAAAGCGGAGAAGCGGAUACAGAUGCAGCAGGAGAAGGUGGAGAAGCGCAUGCAGAUGCAGCAGGAAAAGGCAGAGAAGCGGAUACAGAUGCAGCAGGAGAAGGCGGAGAAGCGAGCACAAACGCAGCACGAAAAGGCGGAGAGGCGGGUACAGCCACAGCAGGAAAAGGUGGAGAAGCGGACGCAGCCUCACCAGGAGAAGGCAGAGAAGCGGUUACAUCCGCCACAGGAGAAGGCGGAGAGGCGAAUACAGCAGCAGCAGCAGGACAAGGUGGAGAAACGCGCCGCAGCUACGGACCGCGGCAGGGCGAAGGAGGACAAGAAGACGCUGGAGAAGAAGGAGAAGGAAAAGGCCGAGCGACCGCCUAAGUCCAAGUCGACCAAAGUAAAGGCUGAGCCUCCACCCAAGAAGAGGAAGAAGUGGCUGAAUGUGCCGUCAUCGGUACCUUCGUCUUCUGAGUCCGACUCCUCCGAUGAGGCGGCUAGUGAGAAUGAAAUGCCAGUUAAGGGAGGAGUGAACAACCGUGCCAUGAGGGAGAUGUUCAGGAGCUACGUGGAGAUGCUGGUGAGCACGGCGCUGGACCCAGACAUGAUCCAGGCUCUGGAAGACACUGAUGAUGAGCUGUACCUGCCCCCGAUGAGGAAGAUCGACAGCAUCCUGAGUGAACAGAAGAGGAGGCUGUUGAGGAAAGUCAGCAUGAGCUCCCAGCACCAGGAUGUUCUGCAUGCUUACUCCCAGAUGAUGGCAGACUCUCUGGACACACGAGUGGUGAGGGUGCGACUGACUGGUGACGCUUACAACCGGAAGACGCUCAACAGAGUCAAGAAAACUCUGCCUAAACCACAGGACCUUAAACUGUCAUCUGAGACGUACCGGAUAUACAGUCUCUACCACUCCCUGCAUCACUAUAAGUACCACACCUUCCUGCAGUGCAAGAAAGAGACCAACACCAUCGAGCAGGCGGCCGAGGACCCGGGCCAGGAGGAGGUGGUGCAGCAGUGCAUGGCCAACCAGAGCUGGCUGGACACCCUCUUCAGCUCCUUCAUCGAGCUGCUCACACUCAGCACCAAAGCCUGAGUUUGCCUCAGAAGGAGACACACACAGAGCUAAAGAGACUUAAAAAAAAAUAAAAUAAAAUGAGAAUCUAGGAGGGAGUAAAAAAAAAAAGCAGACGAGUCCCACUGUACAGCCCCCAGACCCUCUUCAAAUCUCUUCAGAUCCGAGCAGGAAGUUUUCAAGGCCCCUGACGAACACAAGCGGGCCGUCGACCCGACCUCGGACGCUGGCCUGUUUUUAUUUUGUCUUGUUGUUGACCAAUCACUAAAGAAAUGUCUUACUUUGUGAGAGUGGGACCCUACUGGAUUAAAAGGGGGGGGGGGGGGGGGGACCGGAUCGUUGUUUGGAAGAAGAAAAAAAAAACCUGGAGAGGAACGAAGGAGGAGCCGAGAAACCAAGUCAACAGAGGAGUCACCGACGUCCUGAUAACUGUGUCAUAAAAAGACAAUAGUUCAAAGAGAAACUAUCACCGCUUAGUUUUUACAUAAAUUAUUUUUGAAAAGACUAACAUCAGCUGUCGGCUUCUGAGAAGAGCGGAAGGAGGCGGGAGUGCUUUUUAAAUCUGCGUGUGGCGAGCAGCGCGAUCAUGGCUAGAAACAUGAAAAGUGUUAAGAAACGCCCUCCGUCGUCAUGUGCUGCGCGAGAGGGCAGCGCCCGUCGGCCGUGUGGUAAUAUAUGAACGCAUUUUUAUUAUUUAUAUGAGGAGGUUUUUAACUUAAAAAAAAACUCUCACACGCGCCGGCCUGCUGCCCCAGACGUUUUUAGCUAGCUCUUUGUUUUUCCACAGGAUCAGUAUACAAUCAUAACCCACAUAUCCAAGUCGUCUUCCCCUCUAUACAAAAGAACAGGCGUCGAGACAGAAAUAUUGUAUCAAAUACAGUGGGUGUAAAAUUGAGAAAAAAAAAAAACAAGGAAAAAAAAAAAAAGAAUGGUAACAUUUAUUUGAAACUUAACAUUGUUGUGCUUCUGUUCAAUCAUCAGUCAUGCAGGUGCAAAGAAAAAGAACUAUCCCUUUCCCAUGUGGCGAGGAGGAGGAGUAUAAAUAAGUAAUAUUUAAAGAGGAAAUAGUCAUUUCAUUUUUAUCAUUUUGUUGUCUGUGCAUACUAUGACUUAUUUUGAAAACAAUCCGAUUUUCCAUAAAAAAAGGAAAGAAAAACGUGUAAAUACUGUACAGUUCUUGAUGAAACUCUUUGUCCUUCUGUACAUUAACUCUCCUGUAUUUGAAAAACAAAUAAAAUCUACAAAGAACA